CUGAAGUCAUUGGUGAAGGAAGACAUGCAUUUCCCUUUUCCUUUACGAUUCCUGACGGAAAAAUCCCAUCAUCUUUCAAAUCCUCCAUAGGCAACAUUGUUCAUAAAUUGAAGGCAGAGCUUCAUCAAUCAAUGAAGCUGACAAAAAAGGUUAAAACCCACUUCACAUUUGUGUCCAAAGCAGACAUGGAUACUCCUGGACUUAUGGAACCUCAGAAUGGUUGCAAAGAUAAAUCUGUCAAGGGUUUUGGCUCUGGAAACAUAUCAAUGGAUGUUCACACCAAGCAGAUGGGAUACAAGCAAGGCGAGGCUCUCGGAGUCACAGUUGAAGUCAGCAACCACUCAAAUCGUUCAGCGAAGCCCAAACUCGAACUGUGUAAGAAGGUGAGUUUCUUUGCCCAGGGUCACAGGAGAGUUCACAAAGAGAAGAUCAUUAAGGACGUGAGUGGGACUGUUGCAUCCUCUGGGAAAGAGACUGUGACCAAGGUGAUCUCCAUCCCCACGGAGCUACCUCCCUCCAUCUUGAACUGCUCAAUCAUCAAGCUGGAGUACAGGCUGAGGAUCUAUCUAGAGGUCAAAUUUGCUUCAGACCCAGAGAUCAAACUCCCUAUAGUCAUCCUACCUUCCUUUGAGGUUCCUGCUAUGAAACCACCUGCUGCUGCUGGCUUUGGAUUUAAAGCAUUUGGGGACCCGGAGCAAGCACCCUGGAGCAUGGCAUCACAAUUACAAGCAGCACCCCAAGAAGUGGAUCACCCACCUCCAUAUGAAGCAUGUGCAAUGUACACUGGCAAAUAUGCAAGUGCACUUUAAAUACGCCACUGUUUUAGCAUUGCACUGUGCUUAGAUUAACCACAAUGCAACUUGAGCACCAUUAGUCAUUAGUAGCUU